AAAAGAAUCCAAACUCCUUAUUCUAUUUACUUGCUGCUUGAUAAGUGAGAAGAGCUUCACGAAGACGGAUAAGAGAGACGGAGAUUUCUUUGUGUAUACAGCAAUACAGCAUACACUCCUUUACAGUUUACUUACACACAAUGCACCAUUGAAGAAGUGAGGGCUAGAAUAAGAAGAUGGUGAUUACACCUAAUGCCUUGAAUCCAUUUGACCCAUCGACCCAUUUGCCAAAACCCCAUCUCCGCCCUCCUAAAACCCUAUUCUCUAACCCACCCCUUCCGCCGCCAUUUCCCAGACAUGCUGUUUUCGCCUCUAAUUUGCGGCGCAGACAACGUGCCAAGCUCUGCGCCAAACCCACUCCACUUAGAAUCACCGCUUGUAAGGCGUCUUCUUCAACGUCGACGAGUUCCAAUGCAAUUGGUGAAGACGCCGAGUCGGCUUUCGAGAAGCUGAAGGAAGCUGAAAGAGAAAGGGUAAAUAGUUUACAGGAGUUUGAAAGAAAGGCAAAUGUUCAGUUAGAGAGGCAGCUUGUGUUAGCCUCAGAAUGGAGCAGGAAGCUGUUGACCAUGCGCGGAAAACUGAAAGGAACGGAAUGGGAUCCUGAGAACUCUCAUCGUAUAAGUUAUAGUGAUUUCCAGAGGUUGCUUAACUCAAACAAUGUGCAGUUUAUGGAGUACUCAAAUUAUGGUCAGACAGUUUCCGUGAUUCUGCCAUAUUACAAGGAUGGGAAAAUGGAAGACUUGAAUGAGGAUGAAAGAAAGGAAGUUGUAUUCAGACGGCACAUUGUUGAUCGUAUGCCAGUUGAUUGCUGGAAUGAUGUUUGGCGGAAGUUGCAUCAGCAACUUGUAAAUGUUGAUGUGUAUAAUGUGAAAACUGUCCCUUUUGAAGUAUAUUCAACUGUUGCAGUUGCAGUUGUGUGGUCUAUGAGGCUUGCUCUUGCAGUUGCAUUGUAUAUUUGGAUUGAUAAUAAGAUGAGACCAAUUUAUGGAAAACUAAUACCUUGUGAUUUAGGACCUCCUUCCAAGAAGAAAAACAUUCCAAUAGAAAAUCGUUCUCUGGGUUCAUUAGGAAAGAGCAGGGCAAAGUUCAUAUCAGCAGAAGAAAAAACUGGGGUCACUUUUGAUGAUUUUGCUGGUCAAGAAUAUAUUAAGAGGGAACUACAAGAGAUUGUCCGGAUAUUGAAGAACGAGGAAGAAUUUCGAGAUAAGGGCAUUUAUUGCCCAAAAGGAGUGCUUCUUCAUGGUCCUCCUGGAACUGGCAAAACACUUCUGGCAAAAGCCAUAGCUGGUGAAGCAGGACUUCCUUUUUUCGCUGCUAGUGGUACUGAUUUUGUUGAGAUGUUUGUUGGUGUGGCUGCAUCACGAGUAAAGGACCUUUUCUCUAGUGCAAGAUCCUAUGCUCCUUCCAUUAUUUUUAUUGAUGAGAUAGAUGCAAUUGGCAGCAAACGCGGUGGACCUGAUAUUGGUGGGGGAGGUGCUGAAAGGGAACAAGGCCUACUUCAAAUACUGACAGAAUUGGAUGGAUUCAAGGUUUCCACAUCACAGGUCUUAGUUAUUGGUGCAACAAAUAGAUUGGAUAUCCUUGAUCCUGCUCUUUUGCGAAAGGGUCGUUUUGACAAGAUUAUAAGGGUUGGUUUGCCAUCAAAGGAUGGUAGAUUGGCCAUAUUGAAGGUACAUGCUCGAAACAAAUUUUUCCGCUCUGAAGAAGAGAAGGAGACUUUACUGCAGGAAAUUGCAGAAAAGACAGAAGAUUUUACUGGGGCAGAACUACAAAAUAUACUGAAUGAAGCUGGAAUAUUGACUACCAGGAAAGAUUCAGACUACAUAGGACGAGAAGAGCUUCUUGAGGCCUUGAAGAGGCAAAUGGGUACAUUUGAAACUGGUCAAGAAGAUAGUACUGAGGUCCCUGAGGAACUAAAACUGAGACUGGCAUAUAGAGAAGCUGCUGUUGCUGUUGUUGCAUGUUACAUUCCAGAUCCAUACCGCCCCUUUACUGAGACUGAUGUCAACUCCAUCCGGAAUCAGCCUAAUAUGCGCUAUACAGAGAAGGCAGGCAGAGUAUUUAAAAAGAAAUCAGAUUAUGUGAAUGCAAUAGUGCGUGCUUGUGCUCCCAGAGUCAUUGAGGAAGAGAUGUUUGGAGUUGACAAUUUGUGCUGGAUCUCUGCAAAUGCUACUUUAGAAGCUUCCAGGCUUGCAGAAGUUUUGAUUCUACAGACAGGAAUGACUGCACUCGGGAAGGCUUACUACAGAUACCAGAGAGAUCUUGUGCCAAAUUUGGCUGCUAAAGUUGAAGUACUCAGAGAUGAGUAUAUUCGUUUUGCUGUGGAGAAAUGUACAUCUAUAUUGAAGGAGAACCACGCUGCUGUAGAGGCAAUUACAGAUGUUCUACUCGAGAAGGGAGAGAUCAAAGCUGAUGAAAUUUGGAGCAUAUACAAAAAAUACCCUCGAGUACCUCAGCCAACUGUGAGGCCAAUUGACGAAUAUGGAGCCCUUAUAUAUGCUGGAAGAUGGGGAAUCCAUGGUGCAUCACUUCCAGGGAGGGUGACUUUUGCUCCCGGAAAUGUUGGAUUUUCAACCUUUGGUGCACCUCGUCCAAUGGAGACACAGAUAAUCAGUGAUGAGACAUGGAAGCUAGUAGAUGAAGUAUGGGAUAAAAGAGUUGAGGAAAUUAAAGCUGAGGCUUCUUUGGAAGUUGAAGAAGAUGAAGAGAAGCCUCAAGUUCUUCUAGCCAGUCAUUUCCUAUAGCAUGUGAUAUUAGUUUUAGCAGGAUUUCAGUGGUUUUUAUUUUGCUUGAAAGGAGAUAUUAUCUACAUGAACGAACUCAUGGAGUGUUACAAGUGAGAGUUUAAACGAUUGAAGUUUUGAGUUAGUACAGCACCGGAUUUUAUGAUAGCUGCUAAAGCUGAUACAGCACUUGGAGUUUAACUUCUUUUUUUGUGAUAGCUUCUUAAAGUUGGUAGUGGGAGGGAUAUGGCGCAGAGGGAAAAUGUACGGACUGUUCGUCUUCAUCUGUAAGAAUUUAUAAAAAUCAAUAGGGCUGAUAAGUGAUAACUGUGGAAUGAGUGAUGUAAUACUGUUUAUAUAUAUUAUGUAUAUCACAAUUACACAAACACAAUGUAGUCUUGUUUACUACACCCAUAUUUUAUGAGUGUGUAUACUUAUACUUA